AUGAAAGACUUCACCGAAAUCACGCUUUGCUCCGACGGUCUGGACCACAGCAAGACGGAGUUCUGCAACCCUGUCUUCGAGGGCGAGGAGCCCCAGGCAGCACCAAACGCUGAGCACCCAGCAGAGGAGGAUGGGACCAGCCCAACAUCACCUCCGGAUGGAAUCGGGCAGCAGCUCUGGCGCCGGGCAGACUGGCGGUACCGUGCUGACUUCAAGUUCACCUGGCUCUGCGUGGCUCUGAUGAGCACCGUCCUCGUCUUCCUCAUCGCCCUCCUGCUGGGCAUCGUCAUCCACCAGCUGACAUCCUCCCAGCCACCCAGUGCCCUACCUGCCCGUGGCACCACCACCACCACAGCACCCACCCAAAGGGACUUCCCAGCCCCCAAGACAGCUGCCACCCCAAGGCAGAGCUGGCUGCCCACCUCCAGCACGCCAGCAGCAGCCUGUGGUGGGACCCUGAGGGGCCCUGAGGGCUCCUUCAGCUCUCCCAACCACCCCGGCCCCUACCCACCCGACACCCUCUGCAUCUGGCACAUCGAGGUGAGCCCUGGCCUGGCCAUCCAGCUGAAGAUGGAGACGUUCAGCGUGGAGAGCACUGCCUCCUGCCUCUUCGACCGCCUGGAGGUCUAUGAGGAGCAGGGGGAUGGUGGCAUGGACCCUGCCCCAGCUCGGGGGAACCCGGCCAGGUUUUGUGGCAACGUGGCCCCCCCGACUUUUAACACUAACUCCAACCACCUGCGUGUCACCUUCAUCUCUGACAGCAGCGUGGGUGCCCCGGGCUUCAGUGCUCACUACCGAGCUGUGCUUCCCACUGAGAGGACCUGUGCCUGGGAUGAGCAUUUGUGUGACCAGGGGCGCUGCCUCCACCUGGGCUUUGUCUGCGACGGUUUUCACGACUGCAGGGACAGGAGCGAUGAGGCCAACUGCAGCCUGAAACACAAAGAGUGUGGGGGGCCACUGACCACCUUGGAGGGGCACUUCUCCACCCCGAACCAUCCCCAGCCAUACCCACACCAGCAGCUGUGCCUCUGGCAGAUCUCAGUGCUCCCGGGCCACGUCAUCGACCUGCACUUCCACAACUUCAGCCUGGAGCAUCACGAGGACUGCAGCUACGACUUCGUGGAGGUGCACGACAGCGCAGGCACGGGGGCUGCCAGCCUCAUGGGCAGGUUCUGUGGCCACCAGCUGCCACCCACCCUGACCUCCUCACGCCAUGUCAUGACUGUCCUCUUCGUGGCAGAUGAGGGAGUAGCAGAUGAUGGGUUCUUUGCCACCUACCAAGCCCGCAAUGCCACAGAGAAGACCUGCAGCCCCACAGAGUUCUCCUGUGGAAAUGGUGAGUGCCAGGCACUGGAGUCUGUGUGUGAUGGGUGGCACGACUGUCCCGAUGGCACCGAUGAGCUGAACUGCACUGGGGUCUCCUACCCAUCCUUUGGGUCUGUCUGUGAGCCUGUGGAAGUGGAGAUGUGCCUGGGGCUGGGCUAUAAUGCCACCUCCUUUCCCAACAUCUGGCUGACCAUCCCCGACCAGGAGGGAGCUGCUGAGGUGCUGCAGGACUAUCAGACGCUGAUGGAACUUGCCUGCUACCAGCACCUCCGUCUCCUCAUCUGCAGCCUCUUUGUGCCCAAGUGCACCCCUGAUGGGGGUGUCCUGCAGCCCUGCAGAGCUGUCUGCCUGGCUGCUGAGAUGCGGUGCCAGCAGUCCUUCAGCCUCCUUGGCAUCCUCUGGCCCAUCAACUGCAACAUCCUGCCUGACUCCAGUGAUCCUGUAGAGUGCUUCCAGCCCUGA